CAAUCAUUGUACCAUAUCUGUCAUUGUCAAAUUGUAAAUGUUUUUGGGGUGUUGAUAUAAGCGUGUAGGUGUUCAUGAUUUAUCAAGUUAUUUAGAAAUUAAUAUACGAUGAAGACAGCACUAAUGGUGGCUGAAAAGCCAUCGUUAGCUCAAAACUUGGCUAACAUACUCAGCAACGGAAAAUGCGGCACCAACAAAGGAACAAACGCGGCAUGUGCUGUACACGAAUGGAACGGAACGUUUAAAAACGAGCCGGUUCAUUAUAAAAUGACGUCGGUUUGUGGGCAUGUGAUGAGUUUGGAUUUUACGGGUAAAUACAAUAAUUGGGACAAAGUUGAUCCUAUUGAGUUGUUUAGCUGCCCUACGGAGAAGAAGGAGGCGAUGCCUAGACUGAGAAUACCGGCGUUUCUGUCUCAGGAGUCGAGAGGGUGUGACUAUCUCAUACUGUGGCUUGAUUGUGACAAAGAAGGAGAGAACAUUUGUUUUGAGGUAAUGUCCUGUGUACAACCAUAUAUGAAAGGGGAUGUGUUGUCUCCUCAAGUGACAUACCGGGCAAGGUUCUCGGCUAUCACAGAGAAGGACAUCAAGGCGGCCAUGUUGAACCUAGUCAGACCUAAUGAGAAUGAGUCGCGCAGUGUGGACGCAAGGCAAGAACUUGAUUUGAGGAUUGGUUGUGCAUUUACUAGGUUCCAGACUAAAUAUUUUCAAGGCAGAUAUGGAGAUCUUGAUGCAUCCCUCAUAUCCUACGGACCGUGCCAAACACCGACUCUAGGUUUCUGUGUACAGCGCCAUGAUGAAAUCCAGACUUUCAAGCCUGAAACAUAUUGGGUGCUCAGAGUGACCGCAAGUACAUCUGAGGGUAGGGAGUUACCCCUUGAGUGGAAGAGAGUGCGGUCAUUUGAGAAGGAUAUAGCAAAUAUGUUCCUUGCGGGCAUCAAGGAGAUUAAAGAGGCAACGGUAGUUAAUAUUCAAGCUAAAGAGAAGAUUAAGCCACGUCCAGUGGCCCUGAACACUGUGGAGCUGAUGCGAGUUGCUAGUGCGGGUUUGGGUAUGGGACCCCAUCAUGCUAUGCAGGUCGCCGAGCGCUUGUACACACAAGGUUACAUCUCAUACCCGCGCACAGAGACAACUAGUUAUCCAGAAAACUAUGAUCUCAUGGGAACACUACGCCAACAACAGAAUUCAGUAAAAUGGGGCACUGAGGUGCGAGCGAUCAUUGCAAAUGGUAUCAAUAAGCCGAAGAAAGGUCACGACGCUGGUGACCAUCCACCCAUCACGCCAAUGAGACCGGCUACCGAGGCGGAGUUGGAAGGCGACAUGUGGCGCAUAUACGACUACGUGACGCGCCACUUUAUAGCGACGCUGUCACGCGACUGCAAAUAUUGCAGCACCACCAUUACCUUCCAGAUUGGAACGGAAACGUUCUACUACACCGGGAACACCCUUGUGGACGCCGGGUACACCGAGAUCAUGCAUUGGCAGGCAUUUGGCAAAGAUGAGUUCGUGCCAGUAUUGCAAGUGGAUGAUUUGUUGCGAGCGCAUGACCAUCGUCUCGUUGAAUGCCAGACCUCGCCGCCAGACUAUCUCACCGAGUCUGAGGUAAUCACCCUAAUGGAGAAGCAUGGUAUAGGAACCGACGCGUCCAUACCGGUCCACAUUAACAACAUAUGCCAACGGAACUACGUUACCGUCGGCAGUGGAAGGAGGCUCGUCCCCACCAAUCUGGGAAUAGUGCUUGUGCACGGGUAUCAAAAGAUUGAUCCAGAGCUAGUCCUACCCACAAUGCGUUCAGCAGUAGAGGAACAGUUGAAUCUGAUCGCGGUAGGUCGGGCCGACUUCCAAGCCGUACUCUCCCACACCACUGAGAUAUUCCGACGCAAGUUCCAGUACUUCGUGAGAUCUAUAGAGGCCAUGGACCAGCUGUUUGAGGUCAGCUUUUCGUCUCUGAAGGCGAGCGGUAAAGCGCUGUCAAGAUGUGGGAAGUGCAGGCGGUACAUGAGAUAUAUUCAGGCCAAACCGGCGCGUCUCCACUGCUCACACUGCGACGACACGUACGGCCUGCCGCAGAACGGCACCGUGCGCAUCUACCGCGAGCUCAAGUGUCCGCUCGACGACUUCGAGCUGCUCACCUGGUCCUCGGGCAACAAGGGCAAGAGCUUCCCGCUCUGCCCAUAUUGUUACAACCACCCACCGUUCAGGGACAUGCGCAAAGGGUUCGGUUGCAACUCGUGCACGCACCCGACGUGUCCGUACGGCGUGAACUCGACCGGCGUGUCGGGCUGCGUGGAGUGCGAGAGCGGCGUGCUCGUGCUCGACCCCUCCGCGCCCAAGUGGAAGCUCGCCUGCAACCGGUGGGUAGCUGCGGGGAACGGACCAGUGUAG